CUUUGAAAAGGAUUCGAGGGAAUGUACUCAGUAGACUCCUGAGUUUGUAACAAAAUAUUUUUGAAAAGAAAAGUUCGUCGCGGGGUCGUCUUUCUUCGCCUGGCGAGUGAAAGAUGAGCCAAUGCGUGUUGAGUACCGUCCUUUGUGCUCUAAACAGUCGGGCUGAAUAAGCCGACACAUUCACACGCAUCCACCCCACCAGUCUUCACACACGUAUACACGGGUGUAUCCACCCACACACACUCUCUCUCUCACGUGUGCUUACAAUCACCGCCCGCUGGCGUCCUUUACACAAUCAGUGUUUGUUGACAAGUCUGUGCUAGUUCGCUAUAUUCUCUAUUAAUUCAUAUCGUCGACAAUAUUUUGACUCAGUCGAGUACACAGUUCAGGGUGGACAGGUCGCUGUGGCUGACGCACGUUUCAAGUGUCAGAGCGAAGCAGACGAACUCUUCAGGAUUCGUUUCUCGAACUUCCCUGUACAGACACGACUUAUUUUAUCUUCGUUGAACUGAAGAUUCAACAGUGUGUGUAGAAAAUAAACAAGUUGAGCUUUUGCUGUGAGUCUUGAUAAAGUGUCUAACCAAGCAAGGUCAAGGUCUGGGGUACCUGGCCGGUCAUGAUGCAAGGGAGUGCAGCGCAGUAAAGCAGCACAGAACAUCCUAGUUGUUGGGGUCACAAGUGCUGGCUAAGAUGGCCGAACAGGAGGAUGACGAGGUUUGCGAAGCGAAACUUGAUGAUCGAGACUCGGUGAUGGCCAUAGAUGACGACGUGUACGAUGGCAUCGACUUUCUCCCGGACACCUACUCCAGUCUCCUGCAACAAGAAGAUGUUCGGUGCUACCUUUACAAGAGAGAUGGCAAAAUUAUUGGGUUCAUGAGCACUCAGCUGAUCAACGGACGACAGACGCUGCUGGUCUCUUCAACAAGAAUAGCAAAGGAGCACAGAGGUGUAGGAGUGCUUAGCCGCUUUAAAGAACUCGCUCUUUACAAAUAUUUGGAUGAUGUUCUGUCAACAGCACCCAAGCUUCGCAAAAUUACUUUUGCAGUCAGUGACAGAAAACUGAUGGAAGAUCCACAGAACGAACAGGUUGCCAUCAAGAAGCUCGCGAGUUUCAAGGGGACAAUGACUAAUGGGAGCCUUACAGAAGAUCUUCCAGAAAUGAGAAAACUCUCACUCGAUGAAAUGAAAGAUAUUUGUAAGAAUGCCGAGACACGCCAUCUUUUUCCAGAUGGAAUAAUAAUUUUAGGGUGGAAGCCAUAUCGAAUCAUGGUCGAGAAUGUAGCUGUAUUUACACAUCACAGCUCAAACCGCGUUUUUCUAGUAAACAAAACCUCAGAUAAAGAAAGCCUUCCACGAUUUUUUUCAGCAGGCAGCUACUUUAGUUGCAAGAAAGGUAUCUAUUAUAUAACAGAUCUUUUUGGUGAGGCAAGUAACGAAGAACUGCGAGGGCACAUAAAUUGGCACAUGAAGCGGUUAUAUGAGAAAGCCGAAGAGACAGAACAGGAUGUUGUCUUCAGCAUCUGUUAUUCUCCAAAUUUAGAUGGCGCUGUGGAGAAUCUACCUCUGUGUUAUGGGCUAGAAAAAGCAAAUCUUUGUGUGACAGAAAUUAUUGUGAUCGAACAAAAUCGUCCCUGAACAAAGCGCCAGUAUGUCGAGGACAACAGUCGUCAGUACCUCUCAGAAAUGGUCAGUCACCAUUAAGUCUUCCUAAGGGUAUGUCUGGCCAAGCAUUUCCCUUGAAGAAAUAAUACUUGUCCUUUGAAAACCUUACAAGAUGUCCUGUAAAGGCGCCUGUGUGACAUUAGCAUAGAUGUAUCAGGGCUCUGUUCACUUUGUCCAAUAGCAGCACAUUCAACUAUAAAAGAGGAAUGAGGACGAUGUCUUCACUUUGUCGAACUAAGUCGGUGUCGACUGUUUCCCACACCAUACAGUGCAGUAGGGGUCCAUUUUGCUGUGCUUGGUGUGGAAAGCGGAAGCCAACUGGUAUCUGUGACUGGCAGAACUUCUUGUAGAAUAACGGAUGUAUGUCACAGGUCGGUGGAUGAUAAGUGAACAGAGACGAGCGUAGGUCACCUCGACUACGAACGAUGUUUCAGAGGGGAGUACAGGAUGGGGCGGGAAGCUGUGUGUGUUAAAGGAAUAUUAUAGUUUGUUUGCUUUUAUGGUUUCGUUUUGUUGUAUUUUGUGUUGGUUUAUAUUAGUGUCGGGUGUGGAGCAGCGAGCAGACGGAGAGUGAGUGACGUCAUCGUUUGUGUGUCUAGCUCCGCCUUCAGGUCCGCCAUGUUUGUUAUGGUCGUCAUGAGUUAAUUAAGCGAUAAGAAAUGUAUGCACUCAAACCAAUACAGAGUUAAAAACAUAAGGGGUAACAAAAUAUUUGAAUUAGAAGCAAACAUGCAAACAGAAGGGGACACAAAAGUCCUUCUCUUUAGUGGUUGAUAAAAAAAACCCUAUUAAAAUCUUGAAACAGAUGUAUAAAACGUGA